AUGAUAGCUCUUUUUAAAAGACAAGUUCAGUACCACGCUGAAACCGAGAAUAUGGGGAAAAAAUCGCGAAUUACGGCCGGAGGAAGUACGGAAAGUGGUAACGUGUAUCUGUUUCGUAACAUGGGAUCCUUCGAGAUUUUCACAGACGAUGCGAGUCAAGCUGUACUAUGCAAUACGCAACCCACGCGAAACCUGCCGAAUAUUCUGAGGAGCAGCAACGCGAGAGCGUACAAAAAUGACAAAACAUUCAUGUUGGACCAAGAAGACAUCGCUUUCGUGUCUAUCGCGGAAAGUGCAAACACAUUUUUCGACUUAAACAUCGGCGUCGACUCGGAAAAGGACAGCAAAUAUAAUAAUAAGAUCGGGUCGCCGAAAUCGCAGCAUCAAAGGAAGCAGGUGCACCAUCCUCUGGACACGCGAUACGAUGUGCCGGAUUGGUGUAAUAACAACAACAACAACAAAAAUAAUAAAGACAAUUAUGUGUUGCAAACGGUAGACGAGUUGGGGACAAUAUACGUUACAUUAAGUCACGAGGAAGAAAAUAGCCCGACGAAGAAGAUGAACGUCGCGCACAAUAGCGAAGAGCACAGAUAUUUGUUUAAAAAACCCAAAGGAUCAGCGACUCGCAAGUCCAGCGACAGGAAGGCAGCCAAGCUGCCGGGUUUCCGCGCUACCGUUGCUGCGGAUGCAAAUACGACGGACAAAGCAGCCGCGUCAAGUGACACGAAGAAAAGUUUCCUCGGCGACGACGUGCUUCCCGGCGUCAUCGAAACCAAGUCGAGCGAGGGGUCCGAUAUCUUCCACCGCAACGGUGAUAUUCGCAAUCUCGACGGGAAGUACAAUGCGAAUUAUAGCCAUGUUACUUCCGGCAAGUCGACGGAGUGCGAUGCGACGCAGCAGGUCGCGUCUGAGAAAGACCCGUUGAGCUACGAGUUCUCAUCAAGGGAGGACGUAGCUUCGGAAGAAGAUUUGAUCAACAAGAACAGGUCGAAUUUCUUAUUCGCGUCCGAGGUGCUGUGCACCUGUACGUGUGAAAAUUGCACGUUCUCCAGCGAGAAAGACUUCGUACUGUACGAAGACUCGGUGCCGAAUUACGCGAACAGCGACGCGGAGAGCGAACAUCUCACGCCCUGCUCGUACGAUUUCUACACCAACGAUUAUUAUCACGUGUUAGGCGACGUGGACGACUUCGACAAGACGAUUUUUUGCUACAAAGAGCCCGAGGAUACGAACGUCACGAAGUGGAGCGCGUGCGAUGGCAACAGCGUCGGUAACGGCGGUGUGGAAAAAUCGAUCGAGAGUAACGCCAACGAACCGACAUCCGUGAAGCAACGUGAAUCGAAGGAUUCACAGGCACCUCGUGCCGAUAGAACGCAAAAGCUCCGCGUGGAAUCGUGUUCCGCAGAACUCGUCGUGCACUCGGAUGAGCGGGGAAGAUCGACGGGACCUUCGAAAUCUACUGUGGAAAACGCAGAAAAUCACGACGAUACGGACGACUACGUUCGUUUCAAAAGGGACUCGGUUUCAGCGAAGAAAAGCAAAGCGAUAUCUCCAAAUCAAGCUACCACCUCGACCAAUGUUGCCGUUCUCGAUCCUACUGUCAAAAAUCAGACGCGUAGGACCAAGAAAGAUAUAUGUGUCAUCCAGUGUACACGGUGUGAAAGAGUGUUCAGCGAGAAGAAAUUUCGGAAACAUUUCACCUACUGCAGCUUCUACAAGGAGAACUUCAAGUGCCACAUCUGCGGCAAAGUAUACAGGUAUAAAUCGUCAUUGGUGCAUCAUCUGAAAACCGCGCAUCAUAUGUCGUACGGCCCCUAUGAGCAGUAUUACGUGUGUAGCAGGUGUGGCAAACUGUACGUUAGAUUUCGCGCUUUCCAAAGGCACAUGCUUAUUCAUAACAUUAAUAAGAGUACGACCGAGCAUGACAGCUUGUUCCUAACUUAAAAUCUUCGGGGUCUGUUUUCGCAAUUAUUAUAUUGCGAAAAUCCUACUUCAGGUCAUCGUGAAGGCACUGCAGUAUUAAUUGUUUAAGUGAUCUGAUCAUUACCAUUAAGUUAAGACUUAAGUAGUUAUGUAUUGCGACCUAUUUUAUAUUUUA